AAAGUUUGCCGCAUUGUCUAUCGGAAAGGUGCGAAUCCCUCACACGUUGCUGCAGUCGGCUGACGAAAUUGUUUGCAUUUGCAUUUACUGUUCAAAACAACCAGCAAAAUGAAGUUCCUGACCGCCAAGGAGGUGCGCGACGCCUAUUUGGGCUUUUUCAAGGAGCAAAAGCACAUCUAUGUCCACUCCUCGAGCACAAUUCCGCUGGAUGAUCCCACGCUGCUGUUCGCCAACGCCGGCAUGAAUCAGUUCAAGCCCAUCUUCCUGGGCACCGCCGAUCCCAACAGCGAGAUGUCCAAGUGGGUGCGUGUGGCAAACACGCAGAAGUGCAUCCGGGCCGGCGGCAAGCACAACGAUCUGGACGACGUGGGCAAGGAUGUCUACCAUCACACCUUUUUCGAGAUGCUGGGCAACUGGUCCUUCGGCGACUACUUCAAGAAGGAGAUCUGUUCCUGGGCCUGGGAGUUCCUUACCAAGCGCCUCAGCCUGCCCAAGGAUCGCUUGUAUGUUACGUACUUUGGUGGCGAUGAGGCCAGCGGCCUGGAGCCCGAUCUGGAGUGCAAGCAGAUGUGGCUCGACCUGGGUCUAAAGCCGGAGCACAUCCUGCCUGGCAGCAUGAAGGACAACUUCUGGGAGAUGGGCGAGACUGGACCCUGUGGACCCUGCUCUGAGCUGCACUUUGACCGUAUCGGCGGACGCAGUGUCCCAGAGUUGGUCAACAUGGACGAUCCUGAUGUCUUGGAGAUCUGGAAUCUCGUGUUCAUCCAGUACAACCGCGAGUCCGACGGCAGUCUUAAGCAGCUGCCCAGGAAGCACAUUGAUUGCGGCAUGGGCUUCGAGCGGCUGGUGUCCGUCAUUCAGAACAAGCGUUCCAACUACGACACCGAUCUUUUCGUGCCCCUUUUCGAGGCCAUUCAGGCGGGCACUGGAGCCCCAGCUUACCAGGGCCGCGUCGGCGCCGACGAUGUGGACGGCAUUGACAUGGCCUACCGCGUGCUCGCUGAUCAUGCUCGCACCAUCACCAUUGCCCUGGCUGAUGGCGGCACUCCAGACAACACUGGUCGUGGUUAUGUUUUGCGACGCAUCCUCCGACGCGCUGUGCGCUAUGCCACGGAGAAGCUGAAUGCUAAACCAGGUUUCUUCGCCACCUUGGUCAACACAGUGGUCGAUCUGCUUGGCGAUGCGUUCCCGGAAGUGAAAAAGGAUCCGCAACACAUCAUUGAUAUUAUCAACGAGGAGGAGUUGCAGUUUCUCAAGACACUAACGCGCGGGCGCAAUUUGCUAAACCGCACCAUCGAAAAGCUUGGCAACCAGACCACCAUUCCCGGAGAUGUUGCUUGGCGGCUGUACGACACCUACGGCUUCCCAGUCGAUCUCACCCAGCUGAUGGCGGAGGAGAAAUCCCUGCAAAUUGAUAUGGAUGGCUACGAGGCAGCCAAGCAGAAUUCAUAUGUGCUAUCACAGGGCAAGGGCGCUAGCAAGAUCGAGGAGAUCAAUCUGGACGUGCACGCCAUUUCCCAGCUGCAGGAUCAGGGUGUGCCCCCGACGAACGACACCUUCAAGUACAAGUACGAGGCAGUUUCGGAGGAGCGCGAUUCUGCGUACAACUACGGUGUGUGCAACAGCAAGAUCGUGGCCCUGCGUUUCGAAAACCAGUUUGUGAACGAGAUCAGCAGUGGACAGAAGGCGGGCAUUGUCCUGGACAAGACUAACUUCUAUGCCGAGAGCGGUGGUCAGAUCUACGAUCAGGGUGCUUUGGUUAAGGUCAACGAAGAGGCAAACGAAUUCCUGGUGGACCGCGUCUACAACCGCGGAGGCUACAUUCUUCACAUCGGCGUAGUAGAGGGAACACUGAAGGUGGGUGAUGAGCUGGAGCUGCACAUUGACGUGGAGCGCCGCUGGCUAACCAUGAAGAACCACUCGGCCACUCAUGCCCUGAACCACUGCUUGCUGCAAGUAUUGGGCAAGGACACCGAGCAGAAGGGCUCGCUAGUGGUGCCAGAGAAGCUGCGCUUCGAUUUUAACAGCAAGGGGGCGAUGACCAUCGAGCAGGUGGCCAAGACGGAGCAGCUGACCAAGGAUAUGGUGUACAAGAAUGUGCCCAUAUACGCCAAGGAGUCUCAACUGGCCCUGGCCAAGAAGAUCCGUGGUCUGCGAUCUGUCUUCGACGAAGUCUACCCAGAUCCCGUGAGGGUAAUCUCCUUCGGCGUGUCCGUGGACGAACUGGAGCAGAAUCCCGAUUCUGAGGCCGGCGAACAAACCUCCGUGGAAUUUUGCGGCGGCACCCACCUCAGACGUUCGGGCCAUAUCAUGGAUUUUGUUAUCAGCAGCGAAGAGGCCAUUGCCAAGGGUAUCCGUCGCAUUGUGGCUCUUACAGGACCCGAGGCUUUGAAAGCAUUGAAGAAAUCGGAGGCUUUCGAACAAGAAAUCAUCCGACUUAAGGCCACCAUCGAUGCCGAUCAGUCUGGCAAGGACUCCAAGUCUCAUGUGAAGGAGAUUGUCGAGCUGACCGAACAAAUCUCGCAUGCCACGAUUCCGUACGUGAAAAAGGACGAAAUGCGUAACCUUCUGAAGGGUUUGAAGAAGACUUUGGACGACAAGGAACGUGCCCUUCGCGCCGCCGUCUCUGUGACAGUCGUGGAGCGCGCCAAGGCGCUGUGCGAGGCCAAUCCCAAGGCCACAGUGCUGGUUGAGCAACUGGAAGCCUUUAACAACACCAAGGCGCUGGAUGCCGCUCUUAAGCAGGUUCGCAGUCAGCUACCUGAUGCCGCUGCUAUGUUCUUAUCUGUCGAUGUGGACUCCAAGAAGAUCUUCUGCCUAAGCUCGGUGCCCAAGAGUGCCGUGGAGAAGGGUCUGAAAGCAAACGAGUGGGUGCAGCACGUCUCUGCCACUCUGGGGGGCAAGGGAGGCGGGAAACCAGAAUCCGCCCAGGCUUCGGGCACAAAUUACGAGAAAGCGGACGAGAUUGUCCAAUUGGCCAGCAAGUUCGCCCAGUCAAAACUGUCUUAAAUGCAUCAAGAACUAGCAAGCAGCAAAACCACAAUUACUCACAAUUUUGAUACACACUUAUGCUUAAUUCUAAUCCGUUGAUCUGUUCCAAACAGCAUUUCAGAUGAAUUUUACGGCUAUUUAUAAAAUAAAAGCAUUUAUACACUUAUAAUAA